AUGGAAGCCUACAUUAUAAAGUCAGAGGAAGAGGAGGAAAGUCAUGAAAUUGUGACAGAAAAGGAAGAUGUGGAUGAGGAAGAUGAGGAAGUCAGUGAUGUAAUGUCAGAAGAGGAAAAGGGAGAUGAAAACAUGAGGAAGCUAAUAAUGUGUCCAGAAGAGGAUAAAGAGGAAGAAAGCAAGGAAACCGAUGAAACUGUAACAGAAGAGAAAGAGAAGAAUAAAAAAGACAGUGAGGUCGAUUAUGUAGAUAUGAUAGAUGAUUACGGUGAUGAUAUUAAAGUGUCAAGAGAAAAGGAGAAGGAUGUAAAAAAUUAUGUUGAUGAAACUAUGAGAGAAGAGAAAGAGAGGACAUGGAAGAUGAAGAAGCCAAUUGACUAA